UGCUCGUGCCCGCCGUUGAUGCCGUUCUACUAUCUUCAUCUCUGCUUGUCUUCGGGCAGAUUUCGGUCGGUUCUUCGGUUUCUGCUGUGAUCGGACGGUAAGCGUGAUCGCGUCCGCCGGAUGUGGAACUGGAUGAGUUUACGAUGUCUCUGGUGGAUUUGGGGAAGAAGCUCUUGGAAGCGGCUCGUGCCGGUCAGGACGAUGAGGUUCGGAUACUGAUGGCCAACGGAGCGCCCUUCACCACCGACUGGCUGGGCACGUCUCCGCUUCACCUGUCGGCACAGUUCGGUCACUUCUCCACCACAGAGGUUCUGCUGCGGGCCGGGGUGAGCCGAGACGCCCGCACAAAAGUGGACCGGACGCCUCUGCACAUGGCGGCGUCUGAGGGUCACGGCGGCAUCGUGGAGCUUCUGCUGAAGCACGGAGCAGACGUCAACGCUAAGGACAUGCUUCAGAUGAGCGCUCUGCACUGGGCCGUGGAGCACGCUCACAGAGACGCCGUGGAACUCCUGCUGCGCUUCGGAGCCGAUGUCCACGCGCAGAGUAAAUUCUGUAAGAACGCGCUGGACAUCGCCGUGGACAAUGGCUCUCACGAGCUGGCCCAGAUCCUGCAGGUGGCCAUGCAGAACCAGAUCAACACCCACCCCGAGAGUCCCGACGCACUGCCGCAGUUCAUCAUCGGUCCCGGGGGCGUGGUCAACCUGGUCUCACCCGGGAACACCAGCAAGUCCACGGUGUUGGCCGGGGAGGAGGUGAUAACGGCUGACACGGUCGACGGGGCCAUUCAACAGGUCGUGAGCUCUGGAGGUCAGCAGGUCAUUACCAUAGUAACAGACGGCAUUCACCUGGGCAACCUGCAGACUGGCACGGGCAUUGGCCAGCCCAUAAUAGUCACCAUGCCCGAUGGGCAGCAGGUAUUAACAGUGUCCGACACAGAGGUGGCAGAAGAAACUGUCAUUAGCGACGAGCCCACCUUUAAACGUCAGCGUGUGAAAGAAGAAGACCACGAUCACACCAUCCAAAUGCAAGACGUUCACAUCCAGCCAACCGUCUCGCGGGACGCCUUUCAGGAGAAAGUGGCUCUGCUGAAGCAGCUAGAAGAAGCCAAUCGUGAAGCUCAGAGAUACAGACAACAGUUUCUGAAGAAAGAGCAGGAGGCAGAAGCUUACAGACUCAAACUGGAGGCCAUCACACGCCAGAGCGCCAACAAAACACUGUGACACAUCAACAUCACAUUGAUCUGGAUCCGUUCUUUAAACAGACACUAUAUUUCUAUUUCAUUAUAGAAAUCCUGAAUAUGUCACGGAUCAUUGGUUUUCAGGCCUGGAACUUUCUAUCAUCAGUGAAGACUUUGAUCUUGUUACGAUCAGUGUUGGGCAAGUUAUUCUGGAAAAGUAAUGAAUUACUGGUUACAUAUUCUAAAGUGCGAUUAGAUUACUGUACAAAUUACAGUUACAAAUCAAUGACUUAUUACUCAAUUCUUUCUAUAUCCUACAUCAACCUUGAUGAGUUCAGUGAUUCAAGGAUAGACAUGAAACGACUCAAUCCAUUUGAAUAAAUAAUAUAAAACUACAUAAAGUAUUAUCAACGGACCAAAGUAUUACACAUACAACAGACAUUACAAAUAACAUUACUGAGGGCAUCUUGAGACAGAACAAUCACUGAUAUAUUGAUACACUGAGACGUCAGUGCAAGUUGUUUUGGAUGAAGACACGUCUAACAUAUAAGUUAGUCUGGGUCUAGACUUAAACCCUGUAAAGGACCACCCAAAGGCCCAACGACGGAAUCCAAUGUCGUGGUUUAAGGGAUCUCGUGUUCUGCUUCUCCUCGGCGAUUUCUACAUGAAGUUAUUCAAGAACUGUCACAAUUUAGUUCAAUUUAAAUGACUCUGUGGUAAAGACCGAUCUGACUCCAAUUUCAAUAUAAUAUAAAAUAACUUAUAUGUAAUUUCAAAUGUAUCUGUUGAUAAGCGUUAAUUUAUCUAUAAAUCUUCAUAUUUUAAUAUUUAAUAUUAGAGUUAUUCUUUCGAUUGGGACCUGCAGUCUCUCAGAGUCUCACGCCGGCCGGGCUCAUGGAUCUCACGGACACAAAACGAUCAGUUCCGAUCUCUAGUCAGAGGUUGCCGGGUAAACUAUUAUCAUUAAGUUUGGCCGCGAUAUGCUUGCUCAGAAACAUAACAAUAGUUAUUUUAGUCACGAUCAUGCAACUUGCUAGGCCAGAUGAUAGGUGGAAAUCAUGUGAGCUUUAGCAAUGCUCCUUUAAAAAAUCUAGUAUAAACUAGGCCUACCUAUCCUGACACAUCGAUUUUGCGGCAACAGAACAGGUUCCUUUCAAUCUACUUGUAAUAACAAACUUUGAAGAAUUCAGAUAAUAUCAACAAUAACAAUUUAUUACACCAGGCAGGCACAACAUUAAUUAAAAUCAUAGAAUGCAUAUACAAGGGAAUUCCUAAUGUACUAAGCAAAGAUUAUUAACUUAGUAUAAGAAUAAAAUAAAACCACAAAGUUUAUCAUACCUGGUAAAAUUGAGACACACAUUUGCAGUGUGAGAAGUUCUGUUUACAGAUGCUUCUAAAUCGAGAUACACAGCUGCAAUGUGGGGAGUUCUGCUUACAGAAGCUUCCUCGAGUCUUUUGCCAAUUCACCUUAUAUACCCAGAUGUUACAAAGCCAAUGCUCAGCGAGAAACUUGAUUUGUUUGUUUUCUCGUCACUGAAGAGAACAUCAAAUGGAUCUCAAUCUACAUAUAAACAGGAUUCCAUGAAGAGAACAUCAAAUGAGAUCUCAAUCUACACGUAAACAGGAUUCCCUGAGAAAGUCACACCUCUUUGAGGAGUGCAGGUGAUGCAUUAGAGUUAAAAAGCUCUAAUAUACUCUCUGUUAGAUUUGAAAGAACUAGACCUUUUUACCCAUCGCACCAUGACCUUUAAAACAAUACCAAACAUGAAUCGUCAAAACUUCAUACUAUGACAAUAAAUGAUAUACACAGAAUAAAGCAUAAGCAUUUUCCUAGUGAUCAGGCCUGAAGAGAUGAAGGGGAGAGGUGUGAUAAGAAGAGGGGGUUCAAUUCCUGGGCAUCAACAACCCCUGAGGGGAGGGAAGGAUAUCAUUCCUCAGAAUCUAGCAACAAAUGGGGUUUGAUAGUCUUGUAUCCUAGCAUCAAAAACAACCUUAGUUCUUAGAACAUUUCCAGCUGCCUUACAACCCUGUCUGAGAAACUAUACACAAGUAACUGUUAUUAAAUGACAGAAAAAAUAGGAGUAAUCUCUUACUUUACUUUUUAAAGGGAAAAGCAAUUCAGUUACACUAACAAAUGACUUAUUUACUAGCCACACCCAACACUGGUUAGGUUCUUAUAUAAGAUGUGACAGUAUUCAAUAUUCACAAUAAUUGCUGGAACUUUUAUUGUGGUAUUAUUGCUCUGUUGAGUUAGGUUACAAAACAUUUUAACAACAGCUUAAAUAAUUAUGAAACCUUGAAUAUGUAAAUAUUCAGAUUCAGAUGGAAAACAAGACAGCUGUAUAGAAGAACCAUGAAACAUGAACAACAUUUUCUUCGUAAUCAUCAUGUUUCAGUCCAGAUUAAAGGCUGUCAGAUCAUUUCUUCAUGUGUAUCAGAGCUCAUGCUCUUACAUCUCCUGUGUAACAAACAGCAGAAAAAGACUUUGAACAGAAUCUCUAGCCAUUGAUGUUUACAGAUGUUUGACUGUGAUGCUGAAUUCUGUUGUUCAUCAGAUGAGUGUCAGUGGGAUGUUUCAUAGAAAAAAAAUAAUUCUAAAAAAUAUUCCACAUCUGCUUUGCUGCGAGAUCUUUCUUUUUCAGAUUCUCUCAGUGCAGAAUAUGUCUUUUAAUCUUGUAAGAAUGAAGAUUAUUUUUUUCCUCAUGAUGGAUUUCUGUGAUGAUAUAUUUUCUCUCAUAUAUGUUCUGCUUGUUUAAACCCCAGACUGUUGGAUUUAUUUUCAGAAGAUAAACAGAUCCCAUCAGAUUAUCAAGGGCAAAUAGAAGUGUUGUUUUCUGAGGGGUUUGUAAUAGAAUUCCUGCGUCUCUAUGAUCUUUACUUUCUGCAGAUGAUAUGUGAAAGAGAUGCAGGUGAUGUUUCUCUCACGCUGUGGUUCUCUGUAAGUCAAUGUUGAG